AUGGUGAACCCGAAGAAAAGACCAGCUUCCGAGCAAGCACAGCCAGCCAAGUCAAAGGCAGUACGCCCAUCCGCAAAACGGCGGGUAGAACGGAGAAUAGCAGGAUAUCAAGAAUAUCUUAAGGGUAAUACGAAGGACUUUGUUCGUCACGAUCCAGCAACGGAAACGUUGCCCGAUCUACUCGCCUACGAUGAUGAAUUUAUGAAAGCCGAGAGGGCUUGCCUGGAGAUUCCACAAGACUUCAUCCUAGCUGUUAAGCCAGACAAGGACCCGCAACUAGCCGCAAGUCUCAGACCCAAACUCAACGAGGUGAUGGACGAGUACCAAAGCGAACCCGAGCGUGUGGCAGUCGUCGGCAAGACUGGGCAGGGGAAGUCGAAAUUGAUAGAUGCUAUCUUGGGCAUCGAUGGGAUUGCAAGAUCGGGGGCAAGCGGCGUGGCAACAACUCGCAUUCCAAUUGUAUAUUCACCACGUCGAGCGCACAUACAAACACCCUACGAGGUGAGACUGGAGCUUUCCGGCAAGAUCGACUGUCGAGAUUCAGUACAACAGCAUCUUGCCAAUCUUGUAGCGAACCUAAAAAGAUGCGUGGAAGGGCCCAUCGAGCUUGACGAUCAAGGCCAAGACAGUCUACGGGCGCUUCAGAAUCUGUUCAGCGACAUUCCAGAAUUCGUAUCGAACGAAUCUACUUGGACAUUCCUAGGAUAUGAUGUCAACUCGCACAAAUUCUCAUCAGUAGCGAAGCAAAAGGAUGCGUUUGGCCAAUGCGUCAAGUGGGCUGAGGACCGGCGCCAGAAGAUCGCCAACAUGUCCGCACAGGGUAUCUACGCUACCAACGUGACGGAGCUGCGGAGAGAGCUCGCGCAAUUCAGCGACGAUCAAGCCAAGAUGGACGACACCAAACUUGGCUUCAACCCCUCUGCGCUCGUAGAGAGGAUUGAGGUCUUUGGUGACUUUCGGAUUCGCUACUCAAUCGGCGACUGCCCCGGACUACAGGACAUCAACAAGGCAAGCUUGUUCCCUUCCCAGGUUGACAUCGCUCAAGCUAACCAGUCCAAUCUGGACCCAUCGGAUCGCAAAGAUGCAUCAUUCGACCAACAUGAGAAAGCUGAUCUCGACUGGCUAGCCGAACGUAAAGCAGAAACUCGGAGAAAGAAGGACAGCUACGCGCCAACAGACUAUGCGCAAAGAGACCACUGCGCCCGCGAGAUCGCUUUCAUGGCCCUCGAAGAGAACGAAAUAUGUGCCCGAGAACGAGGUCGUCGCAUCAGCGACAGGCUGAGGGAAAGAUUCGCAAAGCAGAACGGAAAUUUGACAGUUAUGACGACUUCGGCAAAAGACUACAUGGAGCAUGUCGAGGGCUACCACCAGUACACCGACGAGCAUCUGCCGCUGUCCGUUGAGUCCACCCAGAUCCCCAGUCUAUGCAGGGAACUCGCCGCUAUCGCCAAUGAACGGCUGCAGAAAGAUCUUCUUCGCUUUUACAGGCGAACACUACCCGAGCUCUUCAGCUAUAUCGAGCUCGCUUGCAGCACGACUUCCGGGCCGGUGCAGACAGGGCCCAGGUUCAACUUUGAAGAAUUCGCAUCCAAAUUGUUGAAGCCGCUCGAAGUCUUCCUCGACGUUUUCGAAAAUGAACUCAUCCUUCCGAGGAUUAAGAGCAUGAGAGAAGGAGUCGGCGAUUGGAAGAACGAAGGUCACCAUAACAUCAACAAUGUUUGGCGAAAGUUGCAUGGCAACGCCGUACGGUGCUACUUGAACAAGCUAGGCAACCACCGGACAAAGGGACUGCCGAGUUGCAGUUGGAACAUUACGCUUCUGGGUCCUGUCCAGAAGACGCUCGACCCGCUGUUCAAGGAGCUAAUCGCAGAAGCACCCUCCAGGCUGGGUAGCCUUGCAUACCAGCUAGAAGGAGUCGUGGACGACUUCCUGGAAGCCCUUCGCGUUGCCGCCGAACAGCUCGACAGCAAGAAUUUCGUAGCGAACCUUGACGACAAGAAACCGCAACUCUACAACAUGUAUAGUGUUGUCGGCAAAGACCUCAUGAUAUUCCUUCGGCUGUUCCGAGGACGUCUUACUGAAGACGGCAACGGUGACUUCUUUCCCCAAAAAAUGAAACCGGUCUACACUGCCACAUUACGGGCAAAACCGGCGGGCAAGUUGACCAUGAAAGAGGUGCAGAUGCAGACACUGGAAGCGCGCAUAUGCGGAAAGAACAGUCCGUACGACCAAAUGGUCGACAUGUUUGAAACCGCUUGGAAAGCCAAGAAGAUAGCGUUGUUGGAGAUUGGCAGACAAGCCAUCGCAUUUCACAUAGCAGAGAUCAAGGCGUCGUACAAGCAACUCAGCACUCCUGAGCCGCAGGAUAAUUCCAUGACGCUGCUGCGCGCUGAGCUGGAGCGCAAGGUUGGCGUGGCGAGGGAACAGUGCAAGGGACCUAUCCUGACUUCUCUUCUCGAAUGCGGGCUUGAUCCGAACUUGAAGAAAGUGAAGAAAGAGAAGAAGGUGAAGAGAGAGAAGAAGGUCGCGAAGGUCGAGAAGUAG